AGAAUAUAUACAAUAUGGAUGUUACUUUAAAAUUAGAAUGCUGGAGUUGGUUGGCUGAAAUACAGUUUGUAUACAAGUAUAUAUGACUGGAGAUAUUCCGUUAUUGGAGUUGCUUCCUGAGAUACCAAGAACAGUGGAUGCCUACCCUCAACAGUUUUCUUUGGAUUCAACUGAUGUAAGUAUAAGUAAAUCCUACAUCUGAGCCAUGGUUUCAAGUAAGUUGUUGAAUAAGAAAUUUGUAUCACAUAUAUUUACAGUCAUCAUUUCUUAGCCUGCAUUAUUUAAUCUGAGAUUCCUCUGACCAUUUACUUCCACUUUUAUAUAUACAUGACUGGAUCUAUCACUUGUUUAUAUAUAUAUAAAACUACAAGUAAGAGUUAGAGGAAUGUCAGAUUAGCCUGAGCUGAAGACUUAUGAAAAUCAUUUAUCAUUGACUGCUUUUUGAAUUUCUACUUCCUCUCCAAAAUCAAGAAGCCAAGUUGAAAACCAAACUUACCAUAUUAAAAUAAAAGUACAUAAAGGGGAUGAAAGGUCUACACAAAAAAGGAGUAUUAAGAAGAAAUAUUGAACAUUAUAUUAUCAGCAUUGAAUAAAUGUCCAUGACCAUUAGUCAUUCCAAUGUUCAUUAACUGUGGUGGAUACUGCUAAUUUACACAAAUUUGUUAGAUUUCUAACACAAUAGAUUUUACACUAGUGUCAGUCUAUUGUCUAAUAUUAAUGCAUGGUCUUUAACAUGAAUACUACAUUUUUGUAGAUUUCAGAGACUGACUCAGUAAUUGAUAGAGUCAUAAAUAAUGAGGUCCAUUUACAAAUGUUAGAUGAUUCUGAACUUGAACGUACCCGUCAGGAUGAAUAUUUGACAUUAUAUGGACUUCACAGACAACCAAUAGUAGGGGAUGGGAAUUGUCUCUUUAGGUCUGUUAGUCUUGCCCUCUAUGGAAACCAAAAUCAUCACCAAGAGCUACGAAAUGCAGCAAUACAUGAAAUUGAACAAAAUUUGGAUAUUUUUCAUAUGUUUUUCUAUCAUUCUAAUGGUAACCAAAUGACUUAUCCAGAAAUUCAACAAAAACUGAAUAAUCUUAGGCAGUUAGGCACUUUUGCAGGGCAGGAAUCAAUUUUGGCAAUGUCUAGGCAUUUUGGAAUCAACUUAUUAGUAACUGUUGGUGGUGAUCAGGAUAAUCCAGAAGUUGUGACGCUUGAACAUGACUUUGGAAAUUCAAAUUCUAGAAUUCAUUUGAUUUGGACAAGGGCAGGGGGUGGACAUUAUGAAACAGUGACUGAAACAUCACCACCAGACAAUCAGAGAGAACCAAUAUCAUUAGCAUUCAAAAGUAAUUAUUGCUGGAAUUUUGAUCAUUCUGCAUGUAGGAAAUUUAAUUUGGAUACAUUGAACUCAUUGAAGACUUCAAACAGACGAGAGACAAUUGAUAUACUAGAAAAUCCUCCCAUGACAAAAUCUACAGACUAUAUACAGACAAUACAUUCAUAUGAUCAAGUUACAAAUGUAGAACGUGGUAUCUAUCAGAAAAAUCAGUGUUCAGUUUGCAUGAAAAUUUUCCAUGAUAAUGAUUUGAAUAGGCACAAGAAAUCUGUACAUGAGAAAGAAAAUGGUAAAAGAAUGCCAUGUAUUGUUCCAUCAUGCGACUUAGAUUUUUAUCAUGUUGAAAUUCUUGUGAGUCAUUUGAUAAAUAAUCAUGAUGCAGACAUUAGGGUGGAAGAUUUGAACUUUGAAAAUCUUGAUUCUUUUGAGAAAUAUUUGACAGAAGAGUCUAUAAACAAAAACACAAGAUAUGUUUUGCAUAGACCAAAAACUGUAAACAAGGAUGGUUCUGAGAGAUACACACUGGUUUGUCAUAGGGAUGGGAAAAAGCGAAUUGCAUGUGAUACAAAAGAUAGAAAGAGGAGGGAGAAAAAAAAGGGUUCAUGUAAAUUAGAUGGUUUAUGCUUAUCAAGAUUUUCAGUUUUGGUAGAGAAGGAUGGAACAGUUAAAGCAAAAUACAUACAAUCACACACACACUCAACAACUUUUGAAGAUAGUAAAUUUUUACCUAUCCCAGAUCAUUUGAAGUCAGACAUAAAAACUAUGUUAGCAUUAAAAAUUCCUAUAAAUACAAUUUUAGACAAAGUUAGAGACAAAUUUAGUGACAGAAACAAUCGAGAUGACUUGACAGACCUGAAACAUUAUUAUUUGAUUGACAGAAAGACAAUACACAAUCUAAAGCAAAAGAUUAUUGACUCAUCUGUUAUUAGACACAGUGAUGAUGCAACAUCAACAUUUCUUCGAGUAGAUGCUUUAAGGAAAGAAAUAUUUGAUCCCAUUCUGAUUUUUAAACAACAAAAUGUAGAUGACAGCAAGAUUGGACUGGCUAAGGAAGACUUUAUGUUGGCAAUAAUGACGAAACAACAGCUAGACAUGUAUGAAAAAUAUGCACCCAUAAUUCUUUGCAUGGAUUCCACCCACAAAACAAACUUAUAUUCAUUUAAGUUGAUAACCCUUCUAGUUCCAGAUGAAUUUAGACGUGGUUAUCCUGUUGCAUUUUGUAUUUCCAAUAAAGAAAAUGAACAAGCUAUUUCUGUUUUUUUAAAUGAUGUUAAAAGCAAAUCUCCACAAACAAAAGUAAAUAUUUUAAUGACAGAUGAUGACAAUGCUGGUUGGAAUGCAGCAAAGAAUGUAUAUGGAUCAAACUUAGAACAUUUCCUAUGUAUUUGGCAUGUACACAAAAACUGGCGAUUAAAAAUUCAGCAGCAUGUUAAAGACACAGAGCAGCAAGCCGAAAUUUAUUGUUUAUUAUGUGCUGCAAUGGAUGCUAAGACUGAAACAUUAUUGAAUACAUAUUGUGAUAUUCUGGUUCAAAGAUUGUCUGACAUUAAUCCAAAUUUACUGACAUACUUCAAUAAUUAUUACUUGUUGAGAAAAGAGAAGUGGGCAAUGUGUUUCAGGAAAGGUGAAUAUUCCAAUGUUAAUACAAAUAUGUUUUUGGAAAGCUUUCACAAUCAAUUAAAAACAAUUUACUUUGAAGGAAAAAGAAAUCGUAGAAUAGACAUUCUGCUGGAAACCCUGCUACAGAUUGAAAAUAAUUUGUAUUUCAAACAUUUGGCUGCUAAAAAGUUCAAUAUUCCUUCAGGGGAAAUUAUGAAGACUUUAGAUCGACAUCAGAGUAGUUUCGAGAUUCAAAAUUCCUCAGUCUGUCAGGUUAAUGAAAACACAUUCACCCUUAAAUCACAGAAAAAUUUAUAUACAGUAGUGACGCAUUGUCAGAAAUGUCCUGAAACACAUUGUUACAUGAAAUGUAAAAAAGUACCCUGUAUAGAUCUGUGUAGACAUCUCCUUACUUGCAACUGUUAUGACUAUUUGGAAGGGAAUAUUUGUAAACAUCUACACAAGGUUCAGUCCUUACUUUAUCGUAAUACUGGUAGAUGUACAUUAGAGGAUCAGACUAACAUUCAUAAUGAAAAUAUUACUGACAAGGUUAUCAGUCCACCUGUUAAGAAAAGAAAUAUUUGUGACACUUCGACUUCAUCAAAGAUUCAAGGUAUUCAAGAAAAACUGAACAAAAUAAUGUCUCAGAUAAAGAAUAGUCCUCGUGUUCAGGAAUAUAGACUGGAUAAUAUUGUCACAGCAUUGGAUCACAUAAUUUCUGCCAAUGACGGGUGUGAAAACCUCCCAAACUCCUUAAAAGGGUUUAAGAGGACUGAGAAAAUAUCUUCCAAUGCCAAUAAUGUAUUACAGCCACGCUUUAGGUCCACUGCUAAAAAUCCUGGGAAGAAGAGUAGAAAUCCUUUAAGAAAGCCAUCCCUGCAAGAGAAAGAGAAGGUGCUUCUUCAAAGCAUAAAUCAAGGUAUAGAACAAGGUCAAAGGUCAGGUAAAAAUCGGGUUGUUGAAUCACAAGAAAGUCAGAGAAUGGGGCCAUCUGUACCACCAUAUCCUCCCUUAAGACUUGUUCCUCCCACUGAGCCACCGGUCCUUCCAUUGCAACCACAGGGUCCAGUUAUCAAUCCUACUGAACCUCAAGGCCUACCCUCUUGGUAUAGAAUUCAUCCUUCACUAUAUGGUAGAAGGGUAACAAUUAUACAAAGUGAUGGAAGAAAACAAGAUGUUAUAUUUACAGGUGGACAAAACAAUAAUGGUACUAAAGAUGAUGAUAAAUAA